UUUAUGAUGUGCUACGUGUUUAGUGUGAAAGGAAAACCUUGGAUCAUCUAGUCAUCAAGACCUACAACCAAACGUCGUCGCAACUCUACCACAGGCCAACAUUAGGACGUAAGACCAAUAGAUUUUUGGGUAGGCAAACCCCACUGAUACUUAUGCCAGGUCCUGAGCUAUACCCGAAGCACACAGAACUGGAUUUUGUGUAUAACAACUACAGACGGUGGAAACGCAAAAUGGCUGUCUCCAAUGCGAGACGCUUGGGUCGCCAUGUCGUGAACGUGCUCGGGUGGCUGCUGUUGGCCGGACAAAUGUUCUGGGCACCCCGACUAGUCACAGAGGACACAGCCUGUAACUGUGCUACAUUAUCAAGAGCCAGAUCUGUUAAAGGCGCCAAUACCAACAACUGGGACAGAAGAAGCUUGAGAAGACUUUUCGAAACAACAGAGACAGGGGACUUCCCGGAUAAAGAAGAAGCUCAAGCGACACUGCUGAACGAUCCCAGUCUUCUGGAAAAGCUUCCGGAUCGAGAGUUUGAUCCACAAGCCGGAGAAAAAAUGAGGACUGAGUUGCUAAAGAAGACUGGACUCCGGGAGUAUCUUUACGCCACCAAGAAAAACUUCCCUGUUGGAGCCACCAUCCCUGCCUUACAGGAAAUAGACAAUACGGUGAAACAGAUCCUACCAGUGCACCAUGCGGUCUUCCCAGAGGAUAUCCAGUUGCCGAAUUCCCCUAUGCAGAAAUGUAGUGUGGUUCUAAAUGGUGGAAUUUUGCGAGGAAGCCGAUGUGGAAAGGAAAUAGAUUCGUCAGACUAUGUCUUCAGGGACGACAUCCCACCUGUAACGUAUCAAGCUUUCAGAAACAAAGAUGGCGACUUCGAUCAACGUCACGUGACUUACUACAGAGACGUCGGCAACAAGACCAACUUUGUGGCACUGAAUAUGUCACAUGUCGUCUUCGAUUAUUUUAAAGGAGACAUGCAGCCUGCAGAGACAUAUCUUGUAGUGUAUCGACGGUACCUGAAACAGUACAAGGAACAGGGGAGCCUCAUCUGGACCCACCUCUUCCCGAUCGAAUCCGAGACUUUGGCUCUGAGGGCGCUACGCUCCAUGUUCAUCAGUACGGUUUUCCAAAGGCUGGGCGUGGCCAGUACCAUGGUAACGUCACACCCCAGGUUCAUACAAGGUGUGCAGGGCUUCUGGAAGGAGCUGAAUCUCAGGAGUCCACGCGCGUCACAUGGUCUGAUCAUGACAGCCAUUUCCAUGGCACUGUGCGAGGAAACCCACCUCUAUGGCGUCUGGCCCUUCCCGGUGGACUACGAAGGCCGACAGGUACAUUACCGCUACUACUACGGAAGCGAUUCCGACCAGAUGCGCGAAAACUCAGAGUACGACUUUCAAGAGGAAUUCGACCUUUUGCGAAUAUUACACAAAAGAGGAUUGUUAAAACUACACAUUGGGACGUGUAGCGCUUGAAACACAAAUUUAGUCCUUUUUGUUAACUUAAUAUGAAAGACAUACAAUAUGACUUAGGCAUACAAUAUGACUUAAUGUUAGAAACAUUAUAUUUGUUACCAAACGUCUGUGGAUCCAGAGAUAUAGUACUGCAACAUGAUCUUUAUUUUAUGUCAUGUCUAACAUUAGUUAAUAUUUGCACCAACAGUUGUUAUAGAAUAAUAUUUUACUCUGUGAGUUCUAACUGAGCCAUCGUUGGCACGUUAUAGUUCUGCCACGAAUACAUAUAACGAGUAGGCAUGAAAUAAAACGUAUAUAACUAGAAAGGUAACAUUUCCAAAGCAAAUGCAUAAUGUUUACCUUUGCAUAUGGUAUGCUCUGUUUCUCACAUCCAUAUAUAUGUUCAGACAGGAGUCUAAAUCCCUCCUGCUGUAAAAUUGCAACAUGAUGUAACCCAACACCGUUAACAUGGUGACAGAUGUCUGGUUAAGGACAUUGACCUUAUUGGUUCGGAGAAGAAGAGGAAGAAACAGGGUAAAAACAAUAUGUUUUCCUUCGGUAAACAUAUAAUAAGUAAGAUAAGUGAUGAAUAGAACGUAUAGUCUGUACACAUGCGUCUAAGUGUAGCACAGACUAAAUAUAAUACUAGUAAUUGAAAAAUAAAGUUUUAAUACAGA